AUGCCUCCCUCCAAGGCCGGCGGCAAGGGGGCUUUGGUGCUGCAGUGCGAGUGGGGAGUGUGCACCUACGUGGCCUCGAAGAUGGAGGAGUUUUGCGAACACGUGUCCCAGCACCUGCAGCAGCACCUUCCCGGAGAGUACCGGGACGAGAUGGAUCCUCUCGAGGAAUACACGUGUCUGUGGCAGGAAUGCGGUUUCUGCUCCCCAGAGAGCUCAGCUGACCUCAUUCGCCAUGUCUAUUUCCACUGCUACCACACCAAGCUGAAGCAGUGGGGGCUGAGGGCCCUGCAGAACCAGUCAGAGGUCAGCCAUUGCCAGCUGGACUUCCAGAGCCGCAACAUCAUCCCUGAGAUCCAGGAGAACUUUCUGUGCCUGUGGGAGUACUGUGAGAGAUCAUUUGAUAAUCCUGAGUGGUUCUACCGGCACGUGGAGGAUCACAGCUUCUGCUCUGAGUACAAGGCAUCAGGGAAGGAGAACCAUGUGGUCCUCUGUGGCUGGAAAGACUGCGACUGCAGCUUCAAGGGGCGCUGCAAGCUGCGGGAGCACCUCCGCAGCCACACGCAGGAGAAGGUGGUGGCCUGCCCCACCUGCGGGGGGAUGUUUGCCAACAACACCAAAUUCUUCGACCACAUCCGCCGCCAGACCGCCCUGGACCAGCAGAGGUUUCAGUGCUCUCACUGCUCCAAGAGGUUUGCCACCGAGAGGCUGCUCCGUGACCAUAUGAGGAACCACGUGAACCAUUACAAGUGCCCUCUGUGUGACAUGACCUGCCCUCUGCCCUCCUCCCUGCGCAACCACAUUCGAUUUCGGCACAGCGAGGAGCGCCCCUUCAAAUGUGACUACUGUGACUACAGCUGUAAGAAUCUCAUUGACUUGAGGAAACACCUGGACACGCACAGCAAGGAGCCAGCCUAUCGCUGUGAGUUUGAGGCUUGCAGCUUCACUGCACGUUCCCUCUGCUCCAUCAAGCUGCACUACAGGAAGGUCCACGAGGGUGACUCAGAGCCCCGCUACAAGUGUCAUGUCUGUGACAAGUGCUUCACACGUGGCAACAACCUCACUGUGCACCUCAGGAAGAAGCAUCAGUUCAAAUGGCCCUCAGGGCAUCCUCGCUUCAGGUACAAGGAGCACGAGGAUGGCUACAUGAGGCUGCAGCUGGUGCGCUACGAGAGCGUGGAGCUGACCGAGCAGCUGCUGAAGGACAGAGAGAAGCGAGGGGAGGCUCUGGAUGGCUCAGCUGAGUGUGUGGUGCUGUCUGAGGGGGAGGGCAACCUGCAGGGCAUCAUUCUGGAGGCCCCAGCAGAGGCUCCCCCAGUGGAGAACAGCUCUGCUGAGCUGCCAGCAGCCCCACUGGCCCUGCCGCCCUGCUCUGCUGACAGCUCUGGGCCAGGAGCAGCAGAGUGCUCAGAGCAGGAGCCCAGCGGCCUGGGCAGCCCCAUCGUGCGUGUGGUGAACAGAACCAACGAGCAGGGGCAAAGUGAGACUGUCUAUUAUGUCAUGGCCAGCACCCCCUCAGAGGAGCAGGGGGCAGCACCUGGUGGGCUUCCAAUGGAGCUGGAGGAGAAUGUCAUGGACCGUCUGCAGAGGACAGCGGAGGAGCUGGGCAUCCACAUCCUGUGAGCUGCCUGGCUGCACGAGCAGGACUUGGGCC